GUUUAAUUUAGUUUGUCUAGGAAAGCCGAAUUGAAUAAGCGUAGCGUUUCGCAGCGCGGUGGUGCUCCCGUUUAUAAAAAAAAAUUAAAUGACAAACCAAAAGUCAAGGAAACGGCGUUUACAGUGAGAUGCUAAAAAGUCACGAUACAAAAAUUUAAUUGAAAUCUAAACACUAAACUUCAUAACGCUUUACACACUAUAUGCAAAUACUUGUAUAUAAUCGCGGCGUUUAUUAAUUCAUGGAAGUUCGGAUAUGAGUUCCGCAAUCGCCAACUGACACAAUUGGUCGAAUUCAUCAGGAUGUAACCUUCUGAUUUUCACUGAAUUCGCUUUCUGUGUGCAUAAAAAAUAAUUUCAUUUUGAAAUAAAACUGAAUAUUAAAAAAAAAAUCAAAUAAAUUAUUGCAAAAGUGCAAAACGGUAAAUUGGUUUUCGCGUAGAAAUAAAAGGAAAUUUCACAAAUUCGCAAUGAAUUUAUGGAAAGGAGAACUGAAGUAAUAGCGCAGUCAGUGGGAAGAAUGUGCGUAUAUGAAAGGUGCAUAUACUAUAUGCACGGGUAUAUGCAUAUAAAUAGAUAGUUACAUAUGCGUGUAAAUACAAGCAUGUGCACAAAUAUAUAGCAUGUGAACGCGAGCCAAAAGCUUAGGCAUUCCAUGCAUAACUACAAGCUAAUAAGCAAAGUGAAAAACAACAAAAAUGAAAAAAUAAAAAACGAAAUAUUAAAUGUGGUUUGUUGGGUGUAGAUCUCUGACAGAUGGGCACUCGGUCGGUAGAUCUUGUGUCACAUGUGCUUAGGAGAGUGAUACGCGUUUGAAAUCAUAAUACAAAGCGGAGAUGGACAUCUUAAGUCGUUAUCUAAUUCCGCAACUAAUUGAAUAUAUUCACGAGCACAAUAACAACAAAGUGAACACAUUCGCCAGCAAUCAAAGCAGCAGCAACGGCAACUACAAUUACAACGAAAACUGAAAAACAUACACGCAUACACAUGGGUUGUAUCAGCGAAAAACAGUCUGUAGAGGCAUUGUUGUCCCAAUGAGACCAGAUGACACAAAUAGCAUUCAAACUUCCAUAAAUAUGCAAUUAGAGUUUGAACGUCGAACAAAUAAAAAUGGCUUUUCAUAUACAUAUGAACCAAAAGAGAAUACCAAGGUGUGCCAAUUUAAUGUAGCGCAUUUCAACGUUUAAUGAAUAGAAACAUAUUACAGCUGCAUUACUAUUUAAAGUGAAAAUCGCAAGUACGCAACGGCUGAAAGGAAAUUCACGAAAAUCGAUUUCUCAUUGUUUCAUAUAACGAACAACAAACGCACAGAGGGGUCAACAACUAAAAGAAAGCAGUCACAAAGAUGGGGUUGUACUCACGAAAAUUGCCUAGAACUAAAAUAUCGGCGAAAACAAAAUCGAGACAUAAUUACAACAGAAAAAGCAGACAUGAGAACGCUGAUUGCUAAACAUUCCACGAAUUUAUUGUUAAAGUGUAAUUAACCGCCAUCGAAACAGCAUCAAACGCAAAGACCGUUGCUGCGCUGUCAAAAAUGAGGGUUCGCAAAAUACCCCUACCAUUGCCCAACACGGGGCUGAUGCAUCGAAAAAGGAACACUUAUUACAUACGCGUGAUUAUCGGUGUAGCGCUUAUCGUAUUCGUACUAAUGCAGUUGCAUGUCUUUAAUUACACGGAUUCUCGUGAAAUGUCGAUGAUUGGUGAACCAACAAAUGACUCAAUCGACGCGAUGCUCUCCAUGGUGCCCUCUGUGCUGCAUAAAUUCUUGACGCCCAAAUCAAGAAAUCAAACAGCCGCGGCUCACAUGCAACACAAUAGCACCAGUGGCGGCAGAUAUAACGGCUCCUACACGGAUUACUAUCAUCCGCCGAAUAUUUCGGAGAUAAAACAACAAAUCGCGAAAUACAAUGAACUGCAAAUAGUUUUAAAUGAGGACACUUAUGGUCCCCUACAAAAUGAUUCUGUGAUAAUCGUAGUACAGGUGCAUACACGUAUAACUUAUCUACGCCAUUUUAUCGUAAGUCUGGCGCAGGCUAAAGAUAUUUCCAAGACUCUAUUAAUAUUCUCCCACGACUAUUACGAUGAUGACAUCAAUGAUUUGGUGCAAACAAUCGACUUUUGUAAAGUGAUACAGAUUUUUUAUCCUUACUCAAUACAAACACAUCCGAAUGAGUUUCCCGGUGUCGACCCAAACGAUUGUCCGCGGGAUAUGAAAAAGGAUCAUAAUAUUAUCACCUUCUUCAUAAAUAGAGCAAUAAUACGCAAGUGCAAUAAUGCGCUAUAUCCCGAUCUAUACGGGCAUUAUAGGGAAGCGAAGUUCACGCAAACCAAGCAUCAUUGGUGGUGGAAGGCGAAUCGUGUGUUCGAUCAAUUAGAUGUGACCCGUUAUCAUACUGGUCUGGUUUUGUUCCUAGAGGAAGAUCAUUAUGUAGCCGAAGAUUUUCUUUAUCUGCUCGAAAUGAUGCAAUCAUCAGUCGGCAGUCUGUGUCCGCAGUGCGAUAUACUCUCAUUGGGCACAUAUUUAAAAACAUUCAAUUAUUACACCUACAACAGCAAAACUAAUAAGAAAUCCCCUAGCAGCCAAUAUGCUUCCUCGCUGCUCACUUCCAGCAAUUUAUUAGGAUAUAAUCGCAAUAAAAAUAGAAAUUCACUGCAAAUGUCAUCGCACGCAUCGUCAUCGUCAUCGUCCACCUCAGCUGCGAAUAGUUUUAAUAAAAAGUAUUUUAACGAAAAUAAUAAAGAGAAAGUGUAUGUGGGUGAUACAGCCACCAACACCAACGCACACAUCACUAACAACCAUAAUACCAUAACCACUUCCACCACAACCACAACAGAUAAAAGCGCCGCACAGCAAUCGUGGAGUUAUCACGUGCUACCAUCACUAUAUUCUAUCUAUCAGAAGGUCGAAGUAAUGCCCUGGAUAAGCAGUAAGCACAACAUGGGUUUCGCUUUCAAUCGCAGCACUUGGUCGACCAUACGAAAGUGUGCGCAACAUUUCUGUUUUUAUGAUGACUACAAUUGGGACUGGUCGCUGCAUUAUGUCUCCCAGCAGUGUUUGCAGAAGAAACUGCACGCGAUGAUCGUCAAAGGUCCAAGAGUCUUCCAUAUUGGCGAAUGCGGUGUCCAUCACAAGAAGAAGAAUUGUGAGUCCAAUCAAGUGAUAGCGAAGGUGCAACAAGUCUUACGAAUAGCUCGUAAGUCCAAACAGCUUUUCCCACGCACCUUAUCGCUGACGGCGGCGAGCUUAGUGAAGAAAACCAAAUUGCGAAAAGGUAACGGCGGUUGGGGCGAUCGUCGGGAUCACCAGUUAUGUAUGAACAUGACGAAAUCAAUACAUGAAAGUUGAAUUCAAACCAAAUAAUCAGAAAAAACGCAGAAUUAGCAAAAUUUAUACACAAAAUAAUCGCAAAGAAUCACCAAAAAUGAAACCGUUUGGAACGGGUAGUAAAUUAGAGACUUUUUAACUAAUUAGAUUAUUUCUAGAACAGUUUUUCGGAACACUGUAAGAGAAUUAAACUAAUUUGAAGGUUAGAUUUACCUUUUUCGUAGCAAUAUUCGCAUAUCUAGCUGUAUCGUUAACUUUAUUCACGACACCAAAAAAUCUCAUUAAUAUGGCAAUAACAAUUUUUAUCCUUUCACACUUUUAGUAGGUGCCAUGCAUGAAAGUCACUUUUUUCAUUUUUUAUAUACCUCUAGUUGAGAAAUAUUACGAAAUUUGAAAUAUAAUGGUUAAUUAAACGCCAUACUUUCUAAUUAAUUUAAAUAAUUUUUUUCCUGUGGGACUACCACAGACGUACAAUUUUUUUUGUUAUAGCUGUUUAAGUUUCUAAAUUAUUAUAGAAGGUGUUGAUUUUCGAUGAAAAUAUCCGAUAUCUAUAUUUUUGUCCUUUCGCUUAAUUUAUAAACACUUUUACUAUUUUUUUUAAUGAAUAUGUCGCUAAUGUCGUUAGCUUUUUAAAUACAAAAAAAUGGAGUUUAAGAAGCGGAAUUAUAAUCUUAAAUUUAAACUUUUAUGAAUUCAGUUACUAGAUUUUGUUUUCUGUUGUUAUUUAUUGUAAUUUUCAUGCCCUUCAAUCACAAAAACCGUUUAACAAUUUAUAAAUACGCAUUUUUUUAAAUCUACCUGUUAUUCUGGAAUUUUUGUUUUGUUUUACUAAUAAAAAUGUAUUAAAAAUUAUUUAGUUCUAUUUUAUUUUGUUUUACUAAUAAUGUUUUUGUUUUGUUUUUUUAAUUACAUUUAUUUUUAUGUUUAUGUUAUAUUUCAUUUAUCUCACGUUUAGUGAAGUACAUUUGUAACUAAAAAUGUGGGUUUUAGGUUUUUUGGGCAGAAGAAUUUAUUCUACUAAUUGUUUGUACUUGUAGUAUUCCAACAUAUUUCGUACGAAGAAACUAAUAAUUUUUAAUAAUGAACUACUUUUUUUAAACGUUUGACAAUUUUUAGCAAAACAACUUAUUAGCCAUUUAGUUUGAUCUUUUCAUCUUUAAACUUCUCGGUGCAAAAAAUAUAGAGUUAUAUUUAUUCAAGUUUUUAAAACACUACCGUGCAAUAAAAAAUUAGUGAUAUGUUUUCAAUGUAUGUAAAUGUAUUACUAGACUAAAAACAAUAUAGAGUCAAUAUAUAUAUAAAUAUUUAUUAACAUUCUGGAGUGUUUGAUGAUUUUGAAUUACGCCAUAUCUUGAUUCAAUGCCUUUUGUUGAAAUCGCUUCUGAAUCAGACUAAAAUCUCAUAAGCCAGAAAUUUUACUGUGACUAUUACCGAUUCAUCUGGGAGUGUGCUGAAAUAAAAAAUUAAUAUAUGUUCAUAAAAUAAUCUUACUUAUCACAAUUGUUUUGCGCAGCGGUGCUAACAUAAAAAACAUUUUGCUUUAUAAUUUACUUUUAUAUAUAGCAUUAUUUAUUUACUUUUAUUAGAUAUUAUAGUUGUUUUUGGAAAUUUGAUUUUUAAAUUUCGGUCACAUCUGCUUCAAAGAUUAGCUAGCCUCUACUAAAUUUAGAGUCAUACGUUUUUACGUACAUCCUACAUACAUAUUUAUGAAUAACAUUUAUUUUUUACUAUAGCAGGUGUAAUAAACUCACAUAACAAGCAUACGGCAUACUCUGUCGUUUGUUAAAAAAUAUAUCAGUAGAUUAAAUAAUAACCAAAUAUGACGUAUAGCUAUGGUAAAUAUAACCUAAUACUACGAAAUUCCAAAGGAAUUAACUUACAUAUAUGAUUAGUGAAGCUCUUUUGGUCUCUAGAGACCCACCAAAAACUGUUAUUAAUUAAAAUGGCAAUAAUAUUUGUUUUUGUCCACACAAGACAAAUAUCUAGAAUUUAAAGGUGCAUAUAAAUAUAUAUAUUUAUAUAUAUACACUUUGUACAUUACUAAUAAGAAAUAUUUAACUGGUUUAUAAACAUUCACAAAUGCUUUUGUGCGUUCGUAUGAUGGCAGCCAAUAAAUUUAGGAAAGUUCCCUGUUCUGAGGCAAAAUAGAGGUUAGGUACAACAUAAGAAAAUGCGAAGUAGUGGCACUGAAAAAGUCUAGUCAUUUAUGUAUACAUAAAUUAAUACAUAUUAAUAAGCAAAACGAAUAAAUAAGAGUGAAGAAACCAAUAAAAUUAAGCCAAACCCAUCUUAUUGUCAUAAAUUAGCUAUAGGCAAUAGAAGGUUUUAAGGAUUUGACUAGAGAUAAAAACAUACACAAAAAAUUGCAAUGCAAAAACACACAUUAUAAAUUAAGUUUCCGUCCAUAUAUAAAAAGUCACGUUUACGUUUUGAAUAAAACAUGUGCAAAAAAUGCACAUUUUCACUAAACAAUCCCCGGAGUACUCUCAUUGCUUACUUAUUAUGAAUUAUCUAUGUAUGUGUGUAUCUAAGUAGAAUAUUUUCUUGCACUAAGCGGAAGUUCUUUUCAACAAACUCAUUCACCAAAUUUUUGAAUUCAAUUUAGGACAUCGGUUUUGACUAGUCAACAUCUCUUCAUUAGGGUGUGCGCAUGGAAACGAAAGCGAUCAAAACAAAUAGACACUAAUUUAUUAAUGUAGCAUAAAAUAGUUAAUUUAAGUAUUUAUCAAUUAUUAUCUACUAAAUGAUUAAAGCGAGCAGCGAAAGCGCAACUUAGUUGUUAGAGAUCAUAAACUAACGCAAUAUUUUUUUACUAUACAUGAAAUUAAAAUAAUAACCUAUAUUAGUGUAAGCAAACUUGUACAUUUGUUAUAAUUUUAUCAUUAUUGUUAUAAAAAUUUGUUUAUUAAAUCGUAAAAACGUACAAAUAACCACGUAUUGCUUAUAAUAGAUCAAUAACGAACAAGAAUUAAAAUUAUAAAAAACAA